CCUUCAACCCCUCCCCAUCACCACCUUGCGUUAACUUUUUCUCGAGAUAACAGUUUGUAGCGGUGUAAUUUCCCACUUGCUGGCGGCCCUCCAGCGCAUCUACGGAGCACGCUGCUCUUUUUCGCCCUUUUUCUCUCGCCUUCCCCUCCCGCUCCCACUCUGCCCGCUGUGUUUUUUCUGGCUGCCGUGCACUAACCUCGAGUUCAGAGGCUGAUACAGGCGAUGCCGCAUCUGAUGCUCGUGGGCCUACCUGGAAGAGAAAAUCCACUCCGGAGAGACUCUUCUUCACUGCCUCAUCCUAUGGAGGAAUCACCACUGCCCAUCUACAUUGAGGAGGGGACAGAAGUCCCGAUUGCCAAAAAAGAAUUGAUUGCUCUUGGCAUCGGGCAAAUCUGGACCCAGAAGACCGCAGAAAGCAGAAACAUGGCAACAAAGGAAAAGCUUCAGUGCUUGAAAGAUUUCCACAAGGACAUCCUCAAACCUUCCCCUGGCAAGAGCCCGGGGACGCGGCCUGAGGAUGAGGCAGAAGGAAAGCCGCCCCAGAGGGAGAAGUGGGCGAGCAAGAUUGACUUUCUGCUGUCCGUGGCUGGGGGAUUUAUUGGCUUAGGCAAUGUCUGGCGGUUUCCGUAUCUCUGCUACAAAAAUGGCGGAGGUGCAUUUCUUAUUCCUUAUUUCAUUUUCCUGUUUGGGGGAGGUCUUCCCGUCUUUUUCCUGGAGGUGGUGCUAGGACAGUAUACCUCUGAAGGUGGAAUUACAUGCUGGGAAAAGAUCUGCCCUAUUUUCACUGGAAUUGGUUAUGCUUCCAUAGUGAUUGUGUCCCUUCUGAACGUGUACUACAUUGUGAUCCUGGCCUGGGGACUCUACUACCUUUUCCAGUCGUUCCAGAGCGUCCUGCCCUGGGCACACUGCCACCAGAAGUGGAACACGCCAACCUGCGUGGAAGACACUCUCAGGAAGAACAAAACCCUCUGGAUAUCACUGAAUGCCACUAACUUCACCUCUCCUGUCACAGAGUUCUGGGAGCGCAAUGUACUGAGCUUGUCCUCAGGGAUUGAAGAUAUUGGUAUUAUCAAGUGGGAUCUGGCACUGUGUCUCCUCCUCGUCUGGGUGAUAUGCUUCUUCUGCAUUUGGAAAGGAGUCAAAUCCACUGGGAAAGUGGUGUACAUCACUGCCACAUUCCCAUUCAUCAUGCUCCUUGUUCUGCUCAUCCGUGGUGUGACCCUGCCUGGAGCUGCAGAAGGCAUCAAGUUUUAUCUUUAUCCUGAUAUCUCACGGUUAGCUGACCCACAGGUCUGGAUAGAUGCAGGGACACAAAUCUUCUUCUCAUAUGCAAUCUGCUUAGGAGCAAUGACUUCCCUGGGGAGCUACAACAAGUACAAAUACAACUGCUAUAGGGACUGUUUGCUGCUGGGAUGCCUGAACAGUGGUACCAGUUUUGUGUCUGGCUUCGCAAUUUUUUCCGUCCUGGGCUUCAUGGCACAAGAGCAAGGGGUGAACAUUGCUGAUGUGGCAGAGUCAGGUCCAGGCCUGGCCUUCAUUGCCUACCCAAAAGCUGUGUCCAUGAUGCCACUGCCCACCUUUUGGGCAAUCCUUUUUUUUAUUAUGCUUCUGUUGCUUGGACUGGAUAGCCAGUUUGUUGAAGUUGAAGGACAGAUCACGUCAUUAGUUGAUCUGCACCCAUCCUUCCUAAGGAAGGGUUACCGACGGGAAAUCUUCAUCGCUAUAGUAUGUUUCCUUAGCUAUCUUCUGGGACUAACUAUGGUGACUGAGGGUGGCAUGUAUGUUUUUCAACUCUUUGACUACUAUGCAGCUAGUGGUGUAUGCCUUUUGUGGGUUGCAUUCUUUGAAUGUAUUGCUGUAGCCUGGGUUUAUGGCGCUGAUAAUAUUUAUGAUGCCAUUGAGGAUAUGAUUGGAUACAGACCUGGUCCCUGGAUGAAAUGGAGCUGGAUUGUGAUCACACCAGUUCUUUGUGUGGGGUGCUUUAUCUUUUCUUUGGCCAAGUACAAACCACUGACUUACAACAAGGUCUACACAUACCCUGAGUGGGCAAUCGGCCUGGGAUGGGUUCUUGCCCUUUCCUCCAUGAUCUGCAUCCCUAUGGUGAUGGUCAUCCGCAUCAUACGGUCAGACGGGUCGCUCAUUGAGAGGAUAAAAGCAGUGGCUGCCCCCAAGGAAGUGAAUCGGUGGUCCAAAGAAACAGAGAGUGGCACUCCCUUCUGCCCCAAUGGAACUUCGAAUGGCGGAUUGAUCAAGCCAACUCAUAUCAUUGUGGAAACCAUGAUGUGAGCUCUCUCUGUGAGAGGAUAAACCUGCUUUAACUGCCGUUUACUAACCAUAGAUUCUCAUAGGACCAGGUUUACAGAGCUUUAUAUUUGCACUAGGAUUUAUUUUUAUUUCUCACAGAGAAAGUUAUUUUUUGUGUGUGUUUUGUUUUUGUUUUUUGUUUUGUUUUUUUUUAAAUAUUUUGUAAGGUAAUCACAGCAGAUGCCUCCCUGUAGAGGGAGAGCGUUCAUAUCAGACUAGACAUAUUACAGGAAUUUACUAUUAUUGUGGUUUUUUUUUUUAAAUAUAUAUAUCUUUUAUCUCUAAGCGUUAUACACCUUACCACUUGAAUUGACUGUCUUGCCAGCAAUAUAUUCAAGUCUCAGAAAGCAAUUUUAGGUGCUGGUGUGGUUGGGAGCAGGGUAACCUACAGAACACACAAAAGGCGCUCUGUUGAGAGAUAUGAGAAUAAAUAAAAAACACACAACAAAACAAAACACAAAGAUGCUGUUUUCAAGCCAAUUUUCAAAGGUGUAGUAUUUCCACCCUCUGGUUCAAUUGUGGUAAACGACAGGCUGCAGGGUCACGCGAGGGAAAAGGGUGCAGUUAUGUUUAGCACAGUCCCUGAAUAGAGAUAGCAGCAGGCAGCUGGGAGCAGGGUGUGCGAGUGGGCAGAGGAGCUGGGUGUGAAGAGCCUUGCAGCCCUUCCCUGCAGGCACAGUGCUGGGAUCCAGGCAUGCAAACAAGGGGAAGGCUUGAGGAAGGUGCCUGCAGGACUUGGCAUGGCUCUCUCUUUUGUUCUUUUUUUGUUUAGGUGAAGUGCCUGCUGCUUGUGCAUGAGCAGGUGGGUUGAGCACCUACUCUUUAGUGUUCCAGCAAAGGAGAUUUUAGCAGAGACAUCACUUGGAUAAGCUUGAAUUCUACUGCCUAUCCCCAAGCAGCACAGUCAGUGAGCAGCACAAAGCAGCACCUGUGAUCCCAGUGCUUCAGGUGUUUGCCUGCUCAUUCAUUUGCAUGUUAACUACUGGACUUUGUUUGGGGCACUGUUUAUAACCUUGUUAAUAAUAGUGAUGAAGAUAAUGAUAUCAGCCAGCAAACGGGUGCUUUUCAUCCACGUAUCUCGAGAACACUUUGCCAGGUUUGAUAACCAGGAUUCUCUUUAUUUAUUUGGAGCAAUUGGAUACUGUUGGGCAGUGGAUCUGGUGUAUGGUAACUGCUGAGUCACAGCCUGAACCACUGAUUGAGCACCUGGGGAAAGGACUGGUCAGCCCUGGGAGCACAGGUGAAGGCAAUUUAGCUGUUUGACCAGAGGAGGUGGAGCCUGGCUGCACCUCUCUUAGACCCCAUUUAAGGGCUGACUGCCACUGUGGAAGGAUCUCUGGUUGGAGAUCCUUUCUUUGUGGAGUCUUUCCUGUGAGCCUGGAUCUUCAGAGAUGGGUGAGCACCUUUUCCAUUUUAACAUCAUUCCAUCUAUGCUGGUCCUUUGGCUGUUACACUCCUGUAUUGCUCUUCUGCUGUGUUGAUCUUUCAGAUGAUAACACCUGGGUUCUACAUCUUCUUGCCCACCAUUAGGUUAAAUCAUAAUUUCUUUUUCAAGGGUGGCAGGUGUAUUUCUAAUGCCUGUGGCUGUGUCUGCUGAAGAAACAGGACUUAGGGGGCAUUGAAUUAAAGCAGAGGAAAUGUAACACUGCAGUGUUUUGUAUUCGUUUGGUCUGAAGGAACUGUGUGCCAUUCCAAGUUGAGCUGUGGAAUAAAGAAUGCACUGCUGGGAGGAGCAUGGCAGUGGGGGUGCAGCAGCUUUGCUGGGUGCCACUUCGUGUGGGCCGGGGGGAUGCUUUUAUGGGAGGUUGCUCCCUGAAGAUGUCCAGGACGUGGACAGCAGACUUCUUUUGUUCUGUUUUAAACUUGAGCAGGUUGUGCUGGGAACAGAUUCUCUGGCAGAACUCAGCCUUUUCUUGUGGGCAUUCUGUUUUGAGGGAGAGUUAUUUCUUCUUGUGAUACCCUAAUAUUAGGCUAUCCAAAGGUAUCUAGAGGAAAUAACUUGACAACAGCAGAGCUUGUAUCUGUUGAUUUUGCCAUCAGCUUAGUCUGUGAGGGCAGAUCUUGUCAUUUAUAUAGGAACAUAUCCAGUUCAAAACAUUCCUACGCAGAAGGUUUGAUUUGUUUUUCCAUGGACUAACUGGCCGCAGCAGCACACUUGUUGAGUAACUUGUUGGUAUUACUGUAAAAGUAAAAGGGUGGUGAUUUAAAGUUAAGAGAUGGACCAAAAGCAAAACAUGAUAUAUUUAUUUUUUUCUAUUUUGGAUUUGUAUGUAAUUUUACACCAAACGUCUGAGUUGCAGCAACAAAACCAGCCAUGUCAGCGUUGCUUUUGUUUUCUUUUUCUGGUUGCUGUAUUACAAGAGUUACAAAGGAAACUUUUCCACAGCUGGAGGUGACGAGCACCUUGAUUUCAGCUGCAGGGCAGUGGCUACUGCCAUCCCAACAGCAGGGAUUCCAUUGAGCCAGGAGGGUUCUGGCUGGAGUUUGCCAUCAGAUGUGUGCAGAGUAAGGAAACGUGCACACAGCUGUUUUUGCUUUUUAAUCUUUUAACCAUCAAAGACAAGGAGAUGUGAUCAUCAAUGGCUCUUUCAGAGGGAUUCAACAUGGACCCUUGUUUUUGAGUUAGGAUUAGUGUCUGCAGCACAUAGGCAUGCUUGCCUGGGUUAAGAUCGAAGCAGAAGGUUUGGGGAGUCUAUUAAAUUAAUGGUUUGUGUGAGUGCAGAUGAAACACUGAUGCUUAAUUUAUACUUUAUUUUCUUGAUAUGUUGUCAUACGGCUGCAUAUGGGAUUUGUUUGCACAUGAGAUUUGUACUAUAGAGCUGAGACAAGCUUUAAGUAGGAAAACAAUGGUUUGACUACACCACAAUGUCUGGUGAGUCAGUUAGUCAUCUCCCACUUGUGGAGAGCAUCUUUGUGCUGGAAACCAGAGGGCCAAUACUACACCUUUAAAAGUACAACAACCAGAGAACCAGAACCCAGCCCCGUUUCGAUGUGAACUUGUGCCAUUCAAAUCAGUCGCUUCCAUGUACCACGUGAAAGAGUCUUGCACGUAUGCAACAACCUCAUUGAAGUGUUCUCCAAGUACACUGCUCUGGCCCCGCUGUGCUCAUCAGCGUGACUGCAAGGGAGGACUGGGGCUCACAGAGAGCUAAGAAACGUUUCUGGAAAAUAGUUCCCCCCCCCCCCCCCCCCCAAAAUGAUUCUAUUUGUUUUAAACGGGGUUUGAGUUCCAAUGAGCACAUUUUAAAGUCUUUUUUACCUGACCGUUUUUUUUAUCGGGUUUCUGAACUUUUCUUGUUGAUAAAAUUUGCAUUUCAACGUGAUCCUCUGCCAAGAUUAUUAAAAGAAGUAAUUUGUAAGUCUGUGUUUCCUACGUAUUUAUGAUUGCAAAUACAACUGAUCUCUUGUUCCUAAUUGUUUAAACACUUGUGACUUAUUUUACCUGGUUGUUUUUAUUUUGUAAAUGAGGAACUCUAUACUGAGUUAUCAUGGCUAGUCCUAAGUGAACUGGUUUGGAUACUGAUAAAACUAAGUGUGGGUUUGGGCAUGAGAUCUUUAGGAUGAGAGCAUUGAAUGUAAAGACAGCAGAACAAAACAAAAGCACACCUUUCGUAUCCCACGCACCUUUGUGUUGCUCAGCUCCUGUGGGAUUGGAAAUAGCACAUUUCCAGCAGUGUUCCUUCCCAGCUGAGCUGAGACUGGGAGAUGGCAGAGCUGCAAUUACAUUUGCACCGUGAGAUUCUCCGAGUUGUUCCUAACCUUUCUCAGUUUUCCAAACCUCUGAAGUUCACCUGUGACUGGUUAUGAUCUCACUGAAUGGGCAUCUAUUGUAAGGGACUUUACCAGUAUUCUGUAUUUUGGUAUUUAAACGAUAUGAUUUCAUAAAUAGAACUGGUUUUUAUUACUAUUAUUGUUGUUGCUACUGUUGUCAUUUACCUUUCCAUCUGUAGCUUUCCUUUUCAUCUGGUCCAAACAGAUCCAUGCAUUUAGAAAAGUCUUCUUUGAAGUGUGAGGUAGUAGGUCCACCAUGGAUUUGUUCUUGUGUUGUGAAUGGAAAUAUCAAAGCCUAGCAACUGUAUUUACCGUCUUAAACAAUGCUGGUGUUCAACCUGCAGCAGCAAUGCAGCUCAGGAGUGGAGAGUUAGGUGAAAUCAGUCCUGGAGCAGCAAAGCUGUUUUCCACUGUUGUUCCUGGGGAGAGGAGGAAAGAGAAAAAGAAGGUGCAGCCAUGUGGUUGGUGUAACACGCAUUAAAAAAUAAACCCAUGCAUCUGCAGAACCUAUUUUGCCUCUAUCAGGGUUGCAUCUUCUGCAGCACUUUGCACUCUGCUGUGCAUUCACCUUUCUCAACUGCAGAUUUUUCUGUUCCUCCUCCCUGCCUCAGCAUUAGAACAGUUCAGACAGCUCUGAAGGCAUGUGGACAUUUCCAUUCAACAGGCUUUUUACGAGUCUCCUCCAAGUCUGCUUCUGUUUGUCAAGGAGACUUGCAGUUUUGGUGAGGCUGUGCUUGUCACGCUGGGGUUCAAAGCUCCCACUUUGUGCCAAUGGCAGAACUCCAGUGGUGGGAGAUGUGAACCCUCUAUAGAACUGAUUAUUAGCUUUCACAUCUGCAGUUGCUGCAGGAUCAUGUGUGGAGGCAUAGUGUAUAUAAAGUGUUAAAUAAACUGUAUGGAGUGGACAAGUUAGCUAAGCAGCUCAAGCAUACUUGGAAGAAAGAUGACCCUGAAAUCAUUUCCAAAAGAUUCAAUGCAAGUUGCUCGCUUUGAGUAACAGAAAGGUUAAAGAAGAGUCUGUGCUUACGUAGACUAGUAGAUGAAAUCUUCCACCCUUAGAAGCACGCACACAAGUAGGGACAUUGCUUCCAUUCCGAGGCCACAAAUUAUGCAUGACUUUCCAAGCUAUUGGGAUGGGAACUGAGAAGGUUUAGGCACCACUUCCCUAGAAAGUGCUGACCUCCAGGGCAUCCAAAUGGACUUUAAACUGAGAUACUGAAAGGGAGAUAACAAGGCCAAAAUGCUGGGCCUUGGCCCUGCCAAGGAAUGCUUGAGGUUGGACUCCUGGCUCUGUGGAAGUACCACACGGCUCCUGCUGCGGGAGGUGGGAGUGCUGAGGGUUUCAGGCAGCUGCCUUGGACUUGUUUCCUCCGAAAUCAGCAUCCAAAGCUUUGUGGUUAGGAUUAACAUUUAGUUGUGUAUUUGUAUAUUUGCAUGAGCAAAGGUUGGGAACUGUCAGAACCUAAGUAGCUCCUUUUUAUUUCUUGUAAUCGAAGAUAAGCAUAAGAAAGAAGGUUCUCAGUGGAGAAACCAAUGAACAGAAGCAGCCCCUCCACCCCUAAAGCUCCAUAAUUUGGUCAAAGAAAACGAUCUAUUGGUGGUUAAUUUGAGCUUGCUUGAAGAUUUGCUCAAGAAUUACUUCUGGCAUAGGCAGCCUGAGCCCCAGCUGGAAAUCUGCCCCUUUCCCAGAGCAUCCCUCUUCCAUUCCUCAAAACAGCUGCUCCUGCACAAUGAUUCCCUGCUUUAAAAAGUCAUAAUAAUCUGAAUUUGGUCACUUCUAUCCAAAAAGUAAACAGUGGGAAAUGACUUUUUGCGUGCCUUUGAGCUGGUCAUUUCUACCUAUCUGAAGUCUUUUCAUCUUCAGGAUGUGGGUAUGAUUUAACACCCCCCUCCAAAAAAAAAAAAAAG